UGUAAAAUCAGAACAGUACGCGGUAUAACUCCGCUCGUGCUGAACGUUUAUUGUAUAUUUAAUACGAAACAAAUAAAAGUAAAUUACGUUCUGUGUGAUUUAACGUUCAUAGAUUUGACCUUAGUGUUAAUAUCGAGUGUAAAAUAUACCUCUUUAUUUAUUUUAAAAUGAGAUUGAUUUUAAUCAUAGCCUUUUUGUGUGAAGGAUACGCUGAGAUUGUCAAUUUAGCUGGAGGGAAAAAUACGAACUACAAGUUUCCAGAAAAUUUCAUAUUUGGAGUAUCUACAGCUGCUGCCCAAAUAGAGGGCGCUUGGAAUGUAGACGGUAAAUCCGAAAGUAUUUGGGAUCAUUUGGUGCAUAAAAACCCCGAGUUCGUCAAAGAUGGAUCCAACGCGGACGUUGCAUCAGAUUCUUAUCAUUUAUAUAAGCGCGAUGCUGAAAUGGUGCACGAGCUCGGAGUUGAUACAUACCGAUUUUCUGUAUCGUGGCCCAGAAUACUUCCUACAGGAUUAACGAACGAAAUCAAUGAAUUAGGAAUUGCAUACUACAAUAAUCUUAUAAACGAAAUUCUGAAAUACAAUAUAACACCUAUGAUAACGAUAUAUCAUUGGGAUUUGCCGCAAAAGCUACAGGACAUCGGUGGAUGGUCAAACGCGCACAUUGUCGACUAUUACACGGAUUACGCUAAGAUAUUGUUUAAGAACUUUGGAGACAGAGUCAAGUACUGGAUAACUUUCAAUGAGCCGAUGCAGACUUGUCUAGAAGGCUAUGGAGGAACAUAUCGAGCGCCCGCAUUAAAUCGACAUGGUCACGCUGAAUACCUAUGCACUCAUAACUUACUUAAGGCACACGCUAAUGUCUAUCAUCUGUUUGACAAAGAAUAUAGAACAGUAAACAAAGGGAAAAUUGGUAUUGCACUAGAUUCUAACUGGGCUGAACCUAAGACAGAUACUCAAGAAGAUAGAGAUGCAGCAGAGCUAUAUUUGCAAACACAUGUCGGCUGGUACGCUCAUCCGAUUUAUUCAGCGGAGGGUAAUUAUCCUCCCGCAUUAAUAAAGCUUGUGGACAAAAAAAGCAAAGAACAAAACUUUACUCGUUCCCGUUUGCCUAAGUUCACAACAGAAGAGGUGGAAUACAUUAAAGGAACGGCUGAUUUCUUUGGUCUGAAUCAUUACACAACAUACCUGCUGACGAUGGCGGAUAAAGAAGUAGGUUCUAUACCAUCUCACCAGAACGAUGUCGGAAUCGUGAGGGUUCAAGAUCCGAAUUGGCCGUCAGAAUCAUCUUCAACUUGGCUCAAGGUCGUGCCUUACGGAUUCAGAAAACUUCUUCAAUGGAUAACGAAGACAUACAGCGGCUAUCCAAUUAUAAUUACCGAGAACGGCUACGCGGAUUUCAAUGGUCUCGAUGAUAAGACACGAGUGUCCUACUAUAGUCAUUAUCUGAACGCGUUGUUACACAGUAUUCACGAAGAUGGAAGCGUUGUUGAAGGGUACUUCGCGUGGAGUUUGAUGGACAACUUUGAAUGGGAUGACGGAUAUGUGUCCCGCUUCGGUCUGUAUCUGGUCGAUUUCGAAAGUCCCAACAAAACGAGAACGGCAAAGGAUUCGGCCAAGUUGUACUCCAAGGUGAUUGCGAGUCGACGCCUGCCCGAAGACUACAACCCCGACGACUUCUCCGCUUUCAACAGCGCCGGAUCUCAUUUCUGCUCGAUCUUCAUGCUGUUCCCACUAACAAUUCAUUGGCUAUUUCGGUAAACGGAUUCGAAACAAAUUA